AUGUGGUAUGGACAGUGUGGAAUAAACCCUUUCGCAAACAAACCUAUUAACUGUUUAUACAACGGACCAGCAAAGCCAGUCGCCGACCGAGAAUCUCAUGAAAUCUUAGCGCAAUUAUGCCCGGAAUUAUCACGGCUGUCCAAUAGCAAAGUGUGCUGCGAUCAUGAUCAACUUGUCAACUUACAAUCUGGUAUGCAAAGCGCCCGGCAAAUGAUGGCCCGCUGUCCCAGUUGUUGGAAAAAUUUUCGAGAGUUGUACUGUCGUUUGACAUGUAGUCCUAACAAUUCAAUGUUUAUAGACCCCACAAGACUGAGUGCUGAUAAAAAAUCCGUAGUAGCUAUAGAUUAUUAUGUCGAUAUAGCGUUCAGAGAUGGAUUGUACAACUCGUGUAAAAAUGUUGCAUUUCCGGAUGGUCAUCAGAAAAUCAUGAAUUUCAUGUGUGGUACUACGGUUGGAAAAUGUACCCCAUUAAAAUUCCUAAAUUACCUAGGAAAUCCUGUCGCCAACGGAGAAUCUCCGUUCUCAAUUAGUUACCCAGACAAGGCGAAGCGUGGUAUUAAGUCAAUGAAUGCGACCAUAACAUCAUGCAAUGAAUCGUUCUUUGACCCCUUGAGCAAGUCGACAAUGGAGGCAUGUGAUUGUCGGGACUGCAUCGAGUCGUGCAAGCAUCCUUUCCCGAUAAAGUUGCAAGAGUAUUUGGCGGCAAAGGUUAUUUUUUCACUCAAACCUAGUAGUGAGUUAAAUCGACGAACAUGUUAUAAAAAUUUCUUUUCGAGAAAUUGUAAACUUACUGGCACUAUAUUGCGAGUGCGCAUACUGCAAAAGGUACGUAAUUAUCCAACGUGUUAA